AUGUCUGCAUCUUCAUCAUUUAUAUUAAUGAAUGAAGAAGGUGAAUUAUUAGAUGCAUCUUUAUUAAAAAUAAUUUUAAUUGGAAAUAGACAAAUUGGUAAAACAAGUUUACUUUCCUAUUAUAUAAAUAAUACAAAUAUAGAUAAAAUAGAACCUACAAUUGGAUUUGAUUUUACAUCAUGUUUAAUUAAAGUAUAUGAAAAUAGAUUUAAUUUAUAUGAAAAUAAAUUAUCAAUUAAAUAUUCAUGUGGAUUACAAAUAUGGGAUUGUUCAGAUUUAGAUAAAGAAUCAAAUGAAAUAUGUACAAGUGUAUUUAAAGAUACAGAUGCUAUUAUAUUAUGUUAUGAUUGUAAUAAUUUACAAUCUUUUAUUGAUUUAAAACAAAUUCAUUAUCCUUUAUUAGAAAAUUAUAUUAAAUUAUAUAAAAAUAUUGAAUAUUUACCUAAAAUUAUUGUUGGUUUAAAAUCUGAUUUACAAAAUAAUGUAAAUGAUCAAUUAGUUUUAGAUUUUGUUAAACAAAAUGAUAUGACUUUUAUUAAAACAAGUAUUUUUAAAAAUUUAAAUAAUAAUUUAAAUGGAAAUGAUAAUAAUUUAAAUAAUUUAAAUAAUAAUUACAUGUUACCAUUUAAUUAUGUAGUAUAUGCUAAUAGACAAGAUAACAUGUUAUUAAAUAAUAAUAAUAAUAAUUAUAAUUAUCAAUUAAAUGAAGGUUUAGAUUUGGCUUUAUUAAACAUGUUUUUAAAUUAUGAUUAUGAAGAGGAAAAUAAUUUAAUUUAA